GACCCUUGUUUGCAUCAUCAUCUCGAAUCCCAUGCUCUAUUCACUCUCUGAUGCUCAACUGCAGCGUCGUCACCGGAUUUUGAUCUGGCAAAGAGUGCGUUAUGUGGGAAAUCCGUUGGGCUGGUGGUCUGAAAUCUAAAAGGGAUUGUUGAUGUGCGAAGUUCAGAGAUUUCCGUCCAGGCAGUUGACGAUAGGCAAUAGGAGACAAAUUUAUUAGCUACAUUGCAAUUUGGCCAAGAUGACGAAUGGUGUUCUUCAUUCUAUUCGUGUUUAAUAACGAAGGAACUAGAGCAAGAAAUUUCUGAUACAGACAUCAGACAAAUCAUUAUGUUCAGUUAUGAACAACAUUGAUCUCUUAGCUUGCAAAGCAGAGUACUACCAUCAGUUUGGUGAAUACCAAAAAUGUUUCGAAUUGACUUCAAUAUUGCUUGAGAAGGAUCCAUUUCAUCUAAAGGCUACCUUGGUGCAUCUAAUUUAGUUAAAGACUAUCCUCAAAGUAAAUUUUCAGGUAAAAAGAUCAAAGAGGAAUGCUACAUAGAAUUUAACUCUGCUCCACCAUGUAUGUUUUGGAACAGGUAAAAGUAAUGCUUUUGUUGAUAUAUAUCCAUAACAUUAAUGUUUAAUCAACUGAUCAAUUCUUUAUGGGUACUACUACCCGAAAAAGGGACAUUUUUCGUGGAUAAAAGAGGCACGGCAUGGUGCAGGAACACACAGUAACGAAAAUACGCACCAAUGAAUUGCCAUGAAUCAGUAAUAUACAUCUUGGCACCAUUGAAAUAUGCCACUAUCUAUGGAUGUUCUAAUGCUACUAUUGUGCUUGGGGCUGUUAGCAAGGCUGUUACAGUUGAACAUUGUCAACGUGUUCACCUGAUCAUUGCAACGGUUCAUCAGGUUGAGCCUUGUUCCAUGUUCUGGAUACCAAGGAUCAACCUCCAACAUACUUUCAUACCAACAAAUUCACUUCUGCUUUUCAAGAAAUUGUUGAUGCAUAUGGAUGGCUGGAAGCACUUCAUAGUUUUGGCUCUGUUUCAACCGAUUAAUGCACUUCGAGGAGUCGGAAAAGUUUUCGAGCCAUGCAAGGACAAUAAAGUGGAUCUUCUUGCACCGAAGCUGGUGUUUCAUUGAAUAUGUUUGGCAUUGAAAAUAUGGAAGGUUUGCUCUCUAUUCGCUACAGAAGCCUCGAGUAUUGAAAAUAAAUUGAUGAAUUUUGUAAAUCUUUGUAGCAAAGGCUUGUGCUUUUGUUAAAUUAAUAUAAAAUUUUAACCGUUGUUUGCAAUUUGUUUGUUGGCGUAUACUAAAAUUGGUGUAUGUUG